AAUCGAAUCCGGCCCUUGAGAAUUGUGCGUCAUCCAAAACAGCACUAGAGCGGCAGAUAUUCUACCUCGGACUGUAUAAAAUUGGACCACUAGACGCAUAUUGUGUUGGCAUAGUGGUUCCAUUCCAUAGGCAACUAACCAAUCAAAGACCUUCGUGAGUGUUGAGCGAGAUGCGCGUAUUUACAGUCUUCUAAUAGCGUUGGCAUAAAACUAGUGUCGGACUAGUCGUGUAUCGGAAGGGCGAUGCCAGGGAUAACCAAGUAUAAUUUAGUGGAUGAUGCACAGGACUUGAGGAUCCCAAUGCACAACGAGGCGGCAUUUCAGCAUGGGGUCUGCUUUGAGGCAAAGUACAUUGGCAGUCUGGAAGUCGGUCGUCCAAAUAGCCGAAUGGAGAUAGUGGCUGCAAUGAGAAGGAUAAGGUAUGAAUUCAAAUUGAAGAACAUCAAGAAGAAGAAAGUCAACAUCAUCGUGUCUGCGGAUGGUGUAAGGGUGGUUUUGCGGAAAAAGAAAAAGAGGAAAGAGUGGUCUUGGGAUGACAAUACAGUCAUGAUAACACAAGACCCCAUCUACAGGAUUUUCUAUGUGUCACAUGACGCCCAGGACUUGAAGAUCUUCAGUUACAUUGCGAGAGAUGGAAAGAGCAACAUGUUCCGUUGUAAUGUCUUCAAAUCCAAGAGGAAGUCCCAGGCUAUGCGCAUUGUGCGGACGGUGGGCCAGGCCUUUGACGUGUGCCACCAGCUGACCCUGCAGCAGACAGGGGAACAGAUCUCAGAGGAUGGAGGGGACACAAGCACUGCCGACGCAGAGGGAGCAGACGCCGUGCCAGCCAAGAAGAGGUUGGCAUUGUCUGAUUCCACUGACCUUGAAGCCACUACAGAGAAAAGCAUCGACCGUUUGUCAUCCGACCAGGACAAGACCAAGAGCCAGGACCUCAGUAAAGAUGGGAAGGACCCAACCCAGCAGUUGACCUCAUCCAGGUCAGGGCCACCUGUGUCAAGCUUGCUAGCUGUGGACUGCUCUGUGGCACACCAAGUGCAGCUUCUCCAGAGACAGCUCCAGCAGCAGGAGCAGCAGGCCCAGGCUGCUGCAGCACAGGUGCGCGUGCUCCAGGACCAGCUGUCAGUGGAGGUGUGUGCCAGGACAGAUGCCCAGGCCCGGGUCCAGAGACUCCUACUGCAGAACACUGAUCUACUGCAGCACAUCUCCCUACUGGUCAAUCAGAUCCAAGAGCUGGAGCUCAAAUCUGUUGCAGGACUCAGCUCCAUGGGCUCCCAAGACAGUCUGCUGGAGAUCACCUUCCGUGCCAAGCCCCCCUCCGUGCUACAUGACAUCACCACCACCCACACCUCCAUGGGCCCCCUGCAGGGUCAGCCCCAGAUAACCAAUGGCCCCUGGGCCUCCAUCCUACCAGGGGCCUCUCCUCCAGGGACCAGGGCCCCGGACAGCCACUCUCUGGGCCCGGGCGGAGUGAGGCUGGAGUGCUUCCGCUUCCCCCGCAGUGGGGGAGGGGACAACCACGAGAGCCAGAACCAGGAGGCUGAGAGUCCAUGCUCGGGCUUCCCAGGCGGGGACUCCCCUCUAGGGGGAGGGGGGGUUCUUGGAGCCCUGGAGCUCCUCCGUUUCCGGGAGUCGGGGAUUGGUUCGGAGUACGAGUCCAACGCGGAUGAGAGCAGUGACAGGGACAGCUGGGGGCGGAGCGAGGGGGCACGGCCUGAGGGCGCGGCACUUCUGUUCAACGUAAUGAAUGCGGAGAGCCCCGCGGACUGUCUGGGUGAUGAGGUGGCCGUGUAGCCCUCGGCGGCUUCGACUUCACCCAAGAACGAAAUCAUAUCACACAGUCUACAGUUCUACAGUUCUAUGGUGUUAACUGUUCACCACCCUCCAAACUCUGCUCUGCAGUCCUUUCGUUUGAUAUUUGUUUAUAGUUGUUGUUUGUGUGUUGCAUUUUUUUGUAUUUGUUGGAUAUUUUAUGAUUCGUUUUUGUUUAUAUUUGGUCACAUUUGUCUGAUGUUUGUUUAUAUCUGUUGCAGUUAUUUCCAUGUGUUUCUUGAAUGUGUUUACAUUUGUCCAUAUAUUUUGUCUCGGCACUUGACUUGCUGCUGCUGUUCCUGCUCUCCUGGGCUUACUGCAGUGUAGUUGUAGUCCGUGUCACAGCCGUCUAAAUAUAUGGUUCUGGUCUGUGUUAUUGAACCAUUGUGUAGUAGUGAAACACACCCAGCAUGGCCAGUCGUUGGCGUUGUUUUUUGAUGAAAAGACUUUGAACGGGUUGAAAAUGAAUAAACGUCUAAUGUAAAGACUGUGUACUUCAAAAGCCUGCUGUACUAUAGUGCUGUAUUACAUGACUGCAUCUCAUUUGUGAUGGACAAUUGAUUCAAGACAGUUUUACAUUCAAGUUUUCCUCCACCGUGAUGCUCUAGGCGAUAUGUCCUCUUUCCCAAGAGUUUGGUGCGAUUCACUUUUGAGCCGACUCCAUAUCAUGCACCCAAAAAGUUGUUGUGUUUGGUGUUGUUUGUUUGGUGCAAUUGAAGAAAAAAAAAUCAUGAAAAUGAGUUGUCUUUUGUUGAAUGACAACACACACUUCAUUGAAUGAUCCCUACUCUUGACCAAUGACGGAUGAAGGGGCGUAGACGUCGGCUCCGAACUUCAGCUUGCCUCAAUAUUUAUUUUUGUGUUCGCAAACAGCCGAACAAACCCUUGCCGAAGAUCAAAACGAACAAAAACCUCACAAAAUGGCGUCGUAAUAUAUGCAUGGACUGUUCCGAACUGUUUCGGAAGGGAAGUACGCGGACGCCUUAAGUGUACAAUGUAUCUCACCACAGUUAUUUACCAUCUCUCCCAAUACAAGGCAUGCUAGGGUUUAGAUGGAACCAAUAAUAUCUCACUAGUCUCUAAUAGAGAAGAGGUUUGAAGCCAAUUGAAUAUCACUUAGCCAAAAUGUUAUUACGCCUCUAUCUACUGUAGCUCAACAUAGCUAUUUUCCCUCUCUCCCAAGAUUAAGGCGGUUAGGAUUCAGUUUGGAGCCAACAAUAUAUCACUACUCUUUAGACAUUUACUGACUUUAGCAUCCCCCUAAGGACAAUUUGUUUGCAACACAGAGGUGUGUGUAACAAAAUCAGCAGCAGCAUAUGUAGCAGGUUCUGCUCUCCCUGCAGCUUGGCUGUCACUGCUCCCUCAUGUCUCCGUACUGCACCAAAGCAGCACUGUCAUGUUCUAAUGGCCCAGCUGUCAAACAGCAGGACUUUUUUGGACUCAGCUCCAAGCCUCUGACUCAUCGUAUUGGGGCCACGUCAUUGAGCACUCUCCAAAUCGAUACAUCUCUCUCACUCUCUUUUUUUGUGUGUUUUACUCUCUCGCUCUCUCUCUCCCUCACACACACACACACACAGCUUUCCGAUCACACACACACUCUUUUUCCCUGUCACCCUCCAAUUUUGUGUUUUACUAUUUCGCUACUCUUUCUUCUCUCUCAAUCGUUUAUUUUUUCAGGGUCAUGUCUUUUCUGAUAUGAAAGUGUACAAAAAGUGGAAAGGGAACAACAGUUGGACAACUGACUAAGUGCAUUCAGUUAGGUGUGAUGUCACUAAUGCUCUCCUCACUGAAUGAAAUGCCCCUUCUCAAAUGCCAUGUUCGAUGUAUCUCCUCUUUUAGCUCAUCUGAAUGAAUUAAAAAUAACUUACUGUCUUAGUAGGUGUCCCAAAUGGCACCAUAUUCCCUAUGUAGGGCGCUGCGUUUGAACAAAACCUGAUCGAAAUAAGUGCACUACAUAGUGAGUAGGGUGCCAUUUGGGACACAUCCUUAGUUCGCCUUAUCCAGACCUGGGUUCAAAUACUAUUUGAAAUCUUUCAAAGACUUUGAGCAUCCGCUUUAAGAUGGGCGGGCGGCUGCACUUUUGGGACUGUUCUAUUACAUCCAUUGCAAAAGGCAAGCUCAAUCAACUACAGCGGAAAGUAUUUGAAAUGAUUUCAAAUAGUAUUUGAACCCAUGUCUGCUCUUAUCAUAUUCAGCACCGAUUCUCCUCUGGAUACGACUUUCCGUUCUCCAACUAACGUUGACCUUUUCAAAUACCUGUCUCUGUGGGUAUUUAUAGCUAUUUUCUGUCUGUGGACUGUGUUGAGAUCAUUUUGAAAGGUGCCGGCCAAACCGGGAGAGUGAGAAGACAACAGCGCUGGUCUUUGGAUUGGGUCAGUACCCUUGGGAGCGUUCGUUAAGCUCAACGUGACAAGACUACUGACACCUCACUGUUGCCUAACUUUGGGUGGCUAAUGAGGUAGAACGCAUAAAUGUUGGACAUGCUACAAAACAUUUGAUGUUUAUGGAAUCGAGUGUUUUGACUCAUCAGAUUUAAAAAAGAGUUCUGAAGGUGUGUGCCCCUGUCUGAUGGUUGACUGCAUGACUAGAAAGCUGAUAUGACUGUCAUUUCUAAAUCAGUAUUUUCUGUGCUUCAGCUUAAAGUGCAGCCAAAAGUUCCAUGAAUAUCAAGAAAAAUAUUCAGCUUUUCAUUUUUUUAUUAAUUUGUAAAUAUGAAUAAAAACAUAAUUCCACUUCGAAA